CUUUGGCACUUUUGAGAGUUAGCAAGCUGCUACCCGAAACAUGUCCGUAAAAUAGUAAGAAAGAAUUUAGAAAUAGAGUUUUUGUUGUUUUAGUUGGUGGCCCUCUCUCUGUCCGAGGAUGUUUUCGUCUACGUGGAAUUUUAUAAAACGCCAUAAAAAGAAAUUUAUUUUCACCGGAGCUCUAAUUGGAGGCGUGUACCUUUUAGGUAAAUAUGCCCAGAAAAAGUUCCGUGAGAUCCAAGAGAGGGAGGCUACAGAGUACAUUGCUCAGGCCAGAAGACAGUUCCACUUCGAGAGCAACCAGAGGACCUGCAACAUGACUGUGCUGUCCAUGCUCCCAGCGCUCAAAGAAGCCAUCGUCACGCAACUCAACUCAGAAAGUCUCACAACACUACUCAAGUCCAAACCGGCUAAUAAACUGGAGAUCUGGGAAGAUUUAAAGAUCAUCAGUUUUACACGCACAGUUGUGGCGGUGUACAGCACCUGUAUGCUGGUGGUUUUACUGAGAGUCCAGCUGAACAUCAUUGGAGGAUACCUGUACCUGGAUAACUCAGUGGGAAAGAGCACAACGACCCCUCUUGCCCCCCCAGACGUCCAGCAGCAGUACUUGUCAAGUAUCCAGCACCUACUGGGAGACGGUUUGACAGAGCUGAUAACCGUAGUGAAGAAGGCGGUACAGAGCUCACUGGGAAGCGUGUCUCUGAAGGAGACCUGGUCUCUGCUGGAGUUGGAGCAGCAGCUGAACUGGAUCAGAGCGGAGGUGGAGGCCAGCUCGAGGCGGUCUCUGUCCUGGUACCUGCUUGCAGAUGACGAGAACGUGCUGGCCGACCAGGCGUGCGGGCUCACAGAGAAUGACAUUAUGACCAUAAAGCUGCUUAACGAGACUAGAGACAUGCUGGAUAGUCCAGACUUCACCACUGUCCUCAAAGCCUGUCUGAACCGAGGUUUCUCCCGUCUCUGUGACAACCUGGCCGAGUUCUUCCGCCCGCCUCCAAGUGACUCUGCCCCCAGCUGUGCACCUGAUAGUCUGUCUGCAGUCAGUCUGCCGCUGGCAAAGAUCAUCCCCAUCAUCAACGGUCAGAUCAACACCAUCUGCAGUGAGACCCCCAGUCACUUUGUUCAGGAGCUGCUGAUGAAUGACCAGGUGAAGGAGUUUGCAGCCAAUGUCUACGAGACCUUCAGCACGCCGCAGGAGCUGCAGAAGUAAUCGUUUGGAUUGGACGAGAUGAGGAGGAGAAGGAGAGGGAGGAUUCGAGAGGAAGAGGAGUGGGAUGAAAAUGGAGAUUAUUAAAGUCCUGGAUUGUCAGCUCCUCCUGAGACACUUUUCCUCCUCAGCAUCUCGCAAACUUCUCACUCCGUGAUUUGUGGCCACGGCAGGACAGCAGGGGUGUUCAAGCUCAGCGCCGUGGUGAAUUACCAAACGGGAGGAGGAAGAUGAGACCUCCACUGAGUCUGUAGUCAGAGCAGAGCCUGCAGUCAACUUUAGGACCAUUGCUGCUUGGGAACUGGAAUCCCAUUUAACCCAGUAAGGUGGUUUUUGUUUGCUCUGCACCUCAGCUGUGUGUUUGAAGAUCAGAAGAGUUUACAGUGUGUUUCUCUUUUUCUGUUCAAACUUCUGUAGUGGCCUGUUUGUAAGAUAGGUCAGGUGUGGACACAUUUCUAUUAUUGUUAUUAAUCAGUAUUUUUACUGUGGGGGUGCUGAAGCAGAUGGCGUUUUCAGAAUAUUUCAACUUAAACUUGGAUGAAGAAGCUAAUGAAAAUGUCAUGGAUAGUUAAAUCUGUAUGUUUGUUUUCAUUCUGGGAGUGUCACAUGGUGAUGGAACGAGAGUAAAUGACCCAUUUUUAGAGCUCUACAAACAUUGGGAGGUUUGAUGGGUGCUGAUGGCGUAAGGUCUCUGGUCACAGGUUGAUCAGUCAGUUGACGGUGGUUUGUGUCACCUUUGGACCUUUUUCACAUGUUUUCACUCUUAUUUACUGGUUGAGUUUGGGCACUAAAAUUUAUUCAGCUGGUCUUAGGAAAAGACGUGGUGGUUUGGGUUAAAAUGGGGCGCUCCACAACGGGAUAUGUGUGAAGCAUGACAGGCCUGGAGUGACAGUCGUAUGUCACCAAUGCUGUAAUCCAGUGUAUAUAGCUACGGAAAGAGACCGUGUGCAUAGCUGAGACAUGCCAAUGGCGUUGUCUUUCAUCCUGGAAACACCCAGUGUAGUUAACUGUUUUGUUUUUUUUUAAUAUGGAGCUAUAAAUUACAUGAAGACUUCCUUGAAUUUUAAUCUGAUUUCAUGCUACGAAUCUGUUUUGGAGGCUCUUUUAACUCUAACUUCUGCAGUUCCUUUGUUGUCCAGAAGGUGUCACACUUCAACUGUUUAUAUGCUUAUUUCCAACCUUUAGCUUCACAUUAAGUUGCUACCCCUGUUUUGAAGUCCCUCGUCUUUCGAUUCUUUAUAUUAUUGGUAUAAUAUUCUGGUCUUUGUGAAAAUGCAGCAUCAUUUUACUUAAAUGGCACAGAUAUUUUUCUCAUUAAUUUCAAGUUAAUGUUAUAUUUGGUGCAAAAUCUUUCUAAUCUUUCCCAUUUUUCUUAUGCUCAUAUGUAUUUGACCACUUGGCUUUAGACUCAUCUGUAUAGACACAACAGGACUGUUAUUCAAAGCCCAAUCUUUCUCCUGUCGUCCUGCUGUGCUACAUAUUUUCACUCUCUGCCUACACAUGCUACAUCAGGCCCUUUUCUGAGACAUGGGCGCGUAUCACUGUUUCAUCAGUCUGGUAAAGUGACACUUUUACAUCAAAGUACCUCACUGCUUUAUUUGUGCAUACCUCUCACAGUGAUGGAAAGAGCAGCAGUGUGUGCAUUUGCAACAAGGGCAGACGAACCUUUGCACUCUUUGUGUGUUGUUUGCAUUGUUUCUAGAAAAGUGUAACCACACCUUUGAAUGUUGGACAGGUGUACCUACCCCUGGGCUGUCCUCUGAGAAAGAAAUGUCUUUUGAAUUUUUGAAACAGUAAAAAUUCAUCCUGUAAAUCAGAAACGGAGUUUGUGAGAUGAAUUGUUUUAUGAAGUUCAACUCACAAGCAACUCAGAAGGAUGCACAAGAGAUCUUGUAUAUGCCUUUCCGUUAGUAUGGCAGCGUGUAUGCAGUCUUGUUAAAAUGAAUACUAGUUAGGAGCUGGUAUGAUUGCAGUUUUACAAAGGAGCAGCCACUGUUUGCUUUUAGAUGUGAAGCUAACACUGAGAUGCCAUCAGGUUGAGGGGAGGAAGAAGUGCAUGUGCAAAAGAGAGUUUAAAAGAAAUAGUCACACCUGAUCAGCUGAUCGUGUAGGUAGAACAGUGAGAAAUACUGCACUUUGAGCCCCUAUGAGUCACUAUUUUCACUGAGAGAAAUGAGAUCGCUGAUAGUUGAAGGUGUUUGAUUUAAUCAGUAUCAAAACUCCCGGCUUCAAGAAUUCUUCCUGAGAAGUCAGUGCCAGGUUUCAGUUUUGAAUUCUGUCUCCAUCACAGUUUUCAUAUGAUGUGUGAUAUGUUAUGUCUCAUCUGGCUUUGAUUGCAAGAAUUUACAACAUCCAGCCAGUAUUCACUCUCAUAUCUGCUGCAUAAAAAUCUCUCCUCCUAAAAGUCUUAAUUUAAGCAAAGUUGUGGAUCACUUUUGAUGACCUGAAAUGCUCCUGCAGCUGUAAUGGAGAAAAACCCUGAGUCUGACUUUCCACUAAUUGUUUGUCAAGGCAGAUUUUUCACUUAGUUUCCUUCUCAGAAGAUGAGGAAACAUCAGGUGACAGUCCGACUAACUUAGUUCCUGGUUCCCGAGUUGCAUAAUAAACCCAGCAGGGUGAGAAUGUAAAACUCUGUAUUUAAUCACAGAUGUUAUGCCUUUUUGAAGCAUAAUGUCCUGAAUGACAGCUGAAAUGUAUGUUUGUAUCAAUUUAUUAAAGAGAUAAUA